AUGGACGCCUUGAAGCGGAAGCUUGGUUUAUUAUUCAGAAGCCAUAAACAACACCCACACCUCGUCACAAAGGACGCUAAGGUCUCCACCUUGAGCAUCGCCAGUGGACCGGAUCUUGUCGACGACUCAACCAUGAUCGAAGAGUUAUCCAUAUCAGCCGACCAAACAGUCGCAGGACGAAUCUAUUCAGGUGGAUCGCAUGCAAAGACUACUGGUGUUGCAUCUAAAGUUGGGGAUUCCAGGCCUCCAUCAGAUUCAGAUAUCGCCGAAUCCUUCAUUCAGUAUCGAGUAAAUGCCGCCUAUGUGCCUUGUGAACCAGAGGAACUAGAACUUAAUGUGGGAGAUCUCAUUACUGUUACUGCUGAGUUUGUUGAUGGCUGGAGCCGUGGAUUCUCGCACGCUAGUGGUGAAUAUGGUCUAGUUCCCUUAGUAGCCCUUGAGGAACUGGUUCAACAGCUGGACUGGUCCGUACUUACGCCGACCCUUACAAGGACGAACAGUGCCACAAGUCACGAUGACUUGUCGGAUUUGCAGAUAUGGUUGAACCCUCCAGACUUUAGCUCGACCAUCCUUGCACUGAAGCAAAAGAGGCAUAGUUCGACCAGGGGCUGGCUCCUCGACGAAUUGAUGGAUUGGACAAACAGUUAUAGGGAAUCCCGGGUGUACUGGCUGUCUGGUGUAGCAGGAGUAGGAAAGUCUGUCAUAUCUGGAUGUUUUGCAGACGAAUUGCGGCAACGAGAUCAGCUAGCAGCACAUUUCUUUUGUAAACAUGACGAGCUUGCUCGCAAUGAUCCAUUCAACGUAAUCGCAGCAUGGGCAUACCAAAUAGCUGCCUUUGAUUCCGACGUUAGGCAGGCACUACGGGAUUUGCAUCAGGCUGAACCAAACUUUUUAAUCAACACACCCUCAGUCGGUCUGCAAUUCCAACAACUCAUAGCUGAACCGCUAUCCAAGUAUCGUGGCGAGAAGGCUGUAAUAUUGAUUGAUGCACUGGAUGAAUGUGCGGUAGACGGUAGCAGGUCACGAAAAGAGUUUCUGCAAACACUUGGUCGUUACUUUGCUAGUCUUCCCCAGAAUAUAGCUAUGUUUGUGACCAGUCGUCCAUUACAAGAUCUGCGGAAGCAGCUAUCAGGAUAUACUCCACGAAUGAUGGAGCUAGGAGACACAUAUAAUCUCAACGACAUAAAGGUGUAUGCAUUAUACCGCAUGACUAGGCGACGUCGUAUAAUGGGAUCAGAUGAAGCGGUUAUAUUGCUUGCUGAUAAACUAUCCGUAAUGGCUCAUGGUCUGUUUGUGUGGUUGUGUCUGGCCUGCGAUCAAAUGGACAAAUCUGACAAUCCAACCCAGACAAUCAGUGAGUUAGGCCAGCGAACGCUGGGAAAUUAUGAAGAUUGGAUGGGUACUGUAUAUACCAGAGCUCUAGUGUCGAGUUUUAGAGGAGCUGACGACACUGCUAUGAAGCUGUACACCGUGCUAGUAGGAGCAAUAGUAGCCCUGCGAACACCAUUGUCUCUUGAAGACAUUUCAGCUCUCGCCGAUAUACCCUUAACUCGAGUGAAGCUGAAUCUGACUCGUCUCGAGUCGCUGUUAGUAAUAUCCAACUCAUCAGUACAGCUAAUGCAUAAAUCAGUCGCAGACUUUAUAAGUUCCCCAGACCGAUGUAUUGGUGACGCCUCGCCGUUUUAUAUUGACCGAAGAUUAGCGGAGGCACAUCUUGCCAAAGUGUGUUUGCUCGCACUGCCGGCGAAUCUGAGACUGGAAAGUAUUCAGGGGCAGAUUGAACUUCUUCGAGGCAUUGUGCCGUCUGGUACCUCUGGUCAUCUUAGCUAUUCCUUCGCUCAUUGGGGCGAUCAUUUGGAUUCCCUUUUGGAGCUGGAUGUCGAGUUAACAGAUAUUCUUACUCAAACACUUCAACACUAUGAUCGUGCCAUGCUAAUCGUAGCGGUACUGAAGAACUUGCCACUCGCUCUCAAACAUAUACUACAAGUCGGUGGUGGUGCUACGCUAUUGAAAUCCGCUGAAGAAAUCCAUUUCUUCAAAUCCGCAAUACUGUUCGAGGCAGCCGCGUCCGAUAACCCAGAAAUAUGUGACGUCUUGCUGGAAUAUGGAGGUGCUGAUGUAGAUUGUCUCAACCAAACUAGGCAAACUCCUCUUUACGUGUGCUCUUUUGCUCACACGAGGCCCGAUGUUGUUAGAGUGCUGCUUCGUCAUGGAGCCAAUACAUAUUUUAUGACCCCAACAGGAAUGCCUAUCGACGCUGUGGCGACGGGAUCAGCUACAAGGGAGAUUGAAAAUGAGCGUAUUCGUCGUAAAGUGAAACUGGACGAGUCACACAUGGACGAGGCUAUGAAUGCAGCGAGACUGGCAGACCUCAGUAGCCUGAACCAUCUGAUAACAUCCAAUCCGAAUAUGAACAUAAACCGACAAUACCCAGAAUGUAGUAGCAAGACACUGCUGCUUGUCGCAUGUCAAUAUGGAUCUCUCAAAGUCGUGGCUUAUUUGUUGAGCAAGGGGGCAGAUCCCAACAUAGCUGAUGUCCUUAAUCUCAGCCCACUCCAUCAUGCUUGCGUCUGCGGGUCCCUUCCCAUUGUGCAGGCUCUGGUAGAGGCUGGGGCAAAAGUAGACGCUGAAGGGAGAGAACGCAGGAGCGCCUUUUUCAGCAAUGCUUUUGUCAGGCCUAUAGAUUUAGCAUGUGAGAAGGGACAUGUAGAUAUAAUUAAGUGGUUGCUCGAUAUAGGAGUCAGUCCCUCAGCACUAGAGCAUGGGAAGAUUCAUCCACUUCUAUAUGCAGCAAUAGGAAACUCUGUAGACGUGUGUGAGCUGCUUUUAGGCAAAGGGGUGGACAUCAACUAUCAGAGUCGAUACCUAGGCACAGCGAUCUUUGCCGCGGCCAUCUUUGGAGCAGAAACGGUAACCCAGUAUUUGAUUGGUGUUGGGGCAGACGCCGAGCUUGGAUGGAAUGCACCUGGUUUAGAAACCGAAGCUCUUCGAUCACCCUCUGUAUCGCCACUAAUGGCAUCGGGAAUAAAAGGAUACCAGAACAUAUUCGCUCUGCUGCUUCCAAAAUCCGGUCCUGGUGAAAAGAGGGUACAUAUGGAAAUACGACAUCGAGACUCGUGGUUUGUUGUCGACUAUACUCCAUUUAGCCUCGCAGCUAUGGCGAAUGAACCAGAACUGGUACGGUUGAUGCUAGAGUAUGGAGCAGAUGUCGACGCUGCUACUAUCCCUUCGACUUCUACUUUAUUGAGGGGUGAAACAACACCGCUGCUAACCGCAGGAUAUUAUGGACGUAUAAAUAUCGCCCGGAUGCUAUUGGAAGCUGGUGCGAACAUUCACGCACGGGGGCCCAACGGAAGGUCUUGUUUACAUAUGGUCGCAGUCAGUUCGAUUAUAGGCGAACGUGGAAAAUCAGACAUGGUCCGUCUCCUACGGUUUUAUAAAGCGAAUCUUGAUGAUGUUGAUCAUGACGGUAAUACGGCGGUGCAUCUGGCAAUCGUUAUGAAAGCUACACAGAUGGUGGAUACACUAGUGGAACUGGGAGCUAGGAUUGAUAUUGCAAAUAAUCUAGGCAACACGUGUCUGCAUGAAGCUGUUCGGCAACGAGCAGCUGGUAUGGUUAAGCUGUUGACAGAAAAAGGUGCAGAUAAAUUUGUAGAGAAUAAAGAGGGCUUGACGCCUUCGCAAAUUGCUGUCAAGGAGGGAUAUAAUGAGCUAGUGCAGCUGUUCAAGCGAAGGAGCUCGAUGGAUUAA